CCGCCGCACAAGCAACAUGCAUCGAUUGCAGCAGAAGGUAUUGGGAAAGGUGAAGCUUCUGGGCCUAAAGGACAGUCUUCCUGCGACUGUCGGCAAGGCGGCGCAAGUGAUCUUUGUGCAUAAGCCUUCGAACGAGGAAGCGCUCAAGGCGGCGCUCCCUUUCCCCGUCUCGAACGAAGUCCUCUCCGACUUCAAGGGCAAUGCCAAGGAAACGCUGUUGCUGUACCCCAAGGAUGGUCAGCGCACGCUUCUUGUGGGACUUGGGGAUGCCAUUGACGAAGUGUCGUUGCGGGAUGCGACCCAUGAAGCCCUCGCGAACUUGAAAAGUCGCGGCGUUCGCCACGCGUUUCUCCGCGCACCCACCGUCGAUAGUCUGUCCGCUCAACGUGUCGCCGAGCUUGUGGCGCAGACUUCUGUGCUGUCCAACUACGAGUUCAACCGCCACUUGUCCGCGCCAGAAGACACCUCGGUCGAGGAAAAGUUGCCGCUCACCGAUAUCUUCGUGCAGGCGUCUACAUCGUCGUUGGACGAGGAUGCCAGCAGCGUCGCCGAGAAGCUCUCGGUCGCCGAAGAAACGCUCUUCGCGCGCAAUUUGGGGAAUGAGCGGUCGGACGUGGUGGACCCAGCGUUUGUCGAACAAGUGGCGGUCGCGAGCGCCGCGGAUCUGCCCAAUCUGCAUGUGACCGUGCUGCAAGACGCCGACUUGCGAUCGAAAGGCCUCAACAUGAUGGCGCUAGUGGGCCAAGCGGGCGUGUGUCCGCCGCGGCUGGUCAUUUUGGAGUACCGCGGCAACCCGUCCGCCCCCGACGACCGCAUCGCACUGGUCGGCAAGGGCAUUACGUUUGACACGGGAGGACUCAACCUGAAACCGACGGGGUCCAUGGAAGACAUGCAUAUGGAUAUGUGCGGUUCCGCCGCCGUCCUCGGCGCCAUCCGCGCCGCGUCCAAGAAUGGACUGCGUGUAAACGUCGUGGCCGCGUUGGCGUUGGCCGAGAAUGCGAUCGGGUCCAAGGCCGCCAAGCCCCACACCAUCGUCAAGUCUCUCAAGGGACUGAGCGUGGAAGUAAACAAUACGGACGCGGAGGGCCGGCUGGUGCUGGCGGAUACGCUGACGUAUGUGCAGCAGCAGUACAAGCCCCACACGGUCAUCGACGUGGCCACGCUGACUGGGGCUUGCGUCGUCGCGCUGGGGGAAUACAGCGCCGGGUUGUUUAGUAAUGCCGACGAUUUGGCCCACGACUUGCUGGAAGCCGGCAGUGUGACCCACGAGCGGUGCUGGCGCUUGCCCAUCUUUGCUGAACAUUCGGCCGAACUCAAGGGCCACCAGUCCGAUUCGCGCAGCACGGGCACGGGCCGAUACGGCGGCGCGAGCACGGCGGCGGCGUUUUUGAAGCAGUUUAUCGACAAGGACGUCAAGUGGGCACACUUGGACAUUGCCGGGCCGGCCAUGUACUCUGCGGCGCGGUCGUACUUUCCCAAGGGGGCGACGGGGUUUGGCGUCCAAGUAUUGUUUGAAUACCUCAAGAAAGCGCAACAAAAGCACGUGUAAAUAAUACACACCGACGGCCGAAUAUAUGGGGAAAACGCUACAACAUGGAAGGACUUGAGCAUUUC